CAGACCCUCCCUCUUUUUCCUCCUCCGCCUCCUCCAUCGUCCUUCCCUUCUCAUCCCUCCAUCCUCCUCCUCUUCCUACCGGUGCUCCGUGCGCCUAAGCGCGGCUAUGGUGGACUCCGGGCCCGGCGACGCCUCGACGACGAGGAAACCCUUCUCGGUGCCGGAGAUCCCCCCGCUGGACCGCUGCGACUUCAACCGGGCUAAGAUCCGCGCUAGCGUGCGUUGGCUGCUCUGCAAAUCUUACGGCGGUGCAGAAAAUGUGCCAGUGGAGUUGCGCGAGCCACUCUAUAAGGACCAGUAUGAUCAGGAGCACCUCAAGCCGGCAGUGGCCGAGCUGCUGGUCUCCCCGGAGAUCUACUGUCGAGCCGUGGCCUUGCUUCUCCGGGCCCGCGGCGUGCCCACCUCGGCCUCGCGGGAUGUGCCCUCCGACAACUGCUCCCUGCUGCAGUUCCUUACCAAAAAAGGCGUGGCCCCACAGGUCCAAGAUGUGGACGUUAGCGAGGAUGACCUCAGCUGCACUCCCGUCAAGAUGAACGCCCACCUGGCCGUGAUGGACUCGCUGAUGUCCCUGGCCGCCAGGGAGAUCGUAGACCGGGUCAAAAUGGCGGCCGAGGCCGGGCAAAUGGGUGUCGGGGCACCGUGGGAGAACGCGCUGCUCUUCUGGGUCAACAGGUUGAACCAGAAGUUGAGAGAAAGCACCGAGGAAGAAGAGACGCCCAAACAACCGCCGCCACCGAAUGCUGACCCGCAGCCCUCCCAGGAAACGGGUCCGCCCACCCGCUGGUACUGGAAGCUGGUCCCCCAUGCAAUCGCUUUUUGUUUGAAGGAGUCGGGGAACAAACCUCCAGUGAUCCGCUACAGGAAGGACAAAGUGCAGUCCAAGCUGACGCCCACCUUCCCGUUGGUCACCGCCGUCAAAGAUCUAUCUAAUGGUUGCGCUAUAGCUGCUGUGAUGCACUUCUACUGCCCCGGCGUGCUGCCUCUUGAGGAUGUUUGUCUGAAGGACACCAUGUCAGUGGCUGAUAGUCUUUACAAUUUGCAGCUGAUUAAAGAGUUUUGUGAGAACAGUUUGCAGAGUUGCUGCCUUCUUCCGCUCGAGGAUCUUCUCUAUGCUCCGCCUCUUUUACAUCUGAACAUCAUGAGCUUUGUAGCAGAAUUGCUAGAGUGGUUCGAGAUCAAGAAGCCGGAAUUUGUCCAACCGAUAGAAGCCGUCGAUCUCACAGACAUCUCAGGUUUAGUGUUUUGUACCAGUCCUGUCAGUGGGAACAGCAACAGCGGUUCUCCUUUGUUUGUCUUCAAACAACCUUUUGUGACCGUCUCCUCCCCUGUAACACAAGAAAACAAAAGCUGGACAAAGAAACAAAUCAGUCGUCCUCUGUCCGCAGUGACUUUCAGCAUCCCAUUUGGGCUGGACAGUGAUGUUGAUGUUGUCAUGGGCAACCCAAUAGAUUCUGUCUUUCGCUCUGUCAGCACGGACAGCCUGGCCGCCGGCAUCCCCGCGACGACCUUGCCUGCGGGGAUGACUCGGGUACCGUACAGCCCCCCCGAGGACCUCAGCCACCUGGUCAGCGCCUCGGCACCGUCUCAGCGGUCUUCCUGGGGACCUUAUACGCACUCGGCACCCUUGGGAGUGUUGCCCGCUGUUGAGGAGGCGGUACAAAUGACUCCUGGCGGUAAGGAACGCAAAAAGGAACGGACUGCAGAGAAAGGAGGAAAGGGAGUUUCGGCUGCAAGACCAGAGCCCAGGUUGUGUCCUGAGGGUGCCCCUGCUGGGUUUUUCCUGCACUCUCCAUUCGAGGACAAUCCUCAGCUCAGUAGCUCUGCGCCAUGUCGCUCGGGAGUCAUUUAUCGGCCAGUGGGCGGAGAGGCAAGUAGUAGUAGCGGUAGAGGGGAGAGGAAGGAGAGGCCAUCGCGGGCAACAGAUACGUCACGUGACGAUGACUCUGUCUUGCGAGACGGCAGCGUUGACUCGUCAGAAGCGUCUGACGAUACCCCCAGAAAUGCCCCUGGUAACAUGCGACCCAGUAAGAGUCAUCAGGGACACGACAGUGCCAACAACAGCCCACGUCUGACAAGCUUUGCAGAGCGACGGGAAAACAGAAGAAGGAAUCCCAUCGCUUCUGGGGAAGACUUCGCCACUACCCCGACACCAACGACCCCAGGAACUCCACGCACUCCGUGCACACCAGUAGGAACUCCGUGCCUCAAAGGUCCAGAGCCGGGUUCAGAAGCCUGGGAGCUGGGAGCUCGUCUGGAGGAAAAACGGAAAAGCAUCGAAGCUCAGAAGAGACGAAUUGAGGCCAUCUUCACUAAGCACAGACAGAGGCUCGGAAAAACAGCCCUCCUAAAAAUGAAACGAGAGCAAGGAGAGGGUGGGGGAGAGGCAAUGGAAGAGGAUAACCUCUCUCUGGAGGAGCGUCUCAGUCAGAUGGAGGCACAGCUGAAAAAGGAAGAAGAAAAGGAAAGAAAAGAAAAGGAAGAUGAAAAGGAGAAAGCCAAACCUUCCGUCUCAAACCCACCCCGGCUGGAAAAGCAGGUCACAUUUUCUAUCGACAGUAAGAAAGGACAAGAGAAAGAAAAAGCAUCAGAUAAAGAGACAGGAGGCGAUGUCCUAGUGGAGUAUAAUGAAAUUGUCCAGAAACUGAGUCAUGCUUUACAGUCACUACAGAAGGACAUGCAGAAACUAACUGAACAGCAGCAGCAACUUUUGGGGAACCAAAGACCUAGAAGCUCACAAAAAGUCACUCCAAAGCCAAAAGCUAAAAGCAGUACUAAGGCACCGGCCAAAACCCCGCCUGCCACACCCGCCAAGACUCCUCCAAGAACCCCGACCAAGAAUCCCGGCAUGAGCACCACCAAGGCAUGGAUGAUCCCCACAGGUUCCAAAACAUCCUCCGUGUCUUCGCCGUCCCGACGAACCCAUGCAGUCUCUGCGUCGACUUCGCCCAAAACAAUUGUCUCCUCAUCCUGUCCGGCCCCUCGCACCAAGAUCCACAUCUCAUCCGCUCCCCACAGUCCCAAGCACCAACCACGAACGCAACCUCAUCAGCGACCCUCAGAGCUGAAGUUUCCCCCUCUCAAUCGUGUUUUGACUCCAACUCACACUGUGGAUACACUACCCCACUUGCGCAGGGUUUCACCCAGCAAAUGUCAAGAUCAGACAUCGUCGUCCUUUCGCAUUGGUGGUCUUCGAACUCCUCAGGAGGUUCCUCAAACUGCGCCCCAAACUGAUGAUAGUACCUCAGACACCGCGUCCAGCGAGACCCCGACCCAGUUCAGCCUGGAGCUUGAGCAGGACGAUGCCGAGGCUUCCGCGGUGCCCAUACCGCCUCCCCCAAGGGCCACCAGUGGCAGUAGCUCCGGAGCUCCCUCCGAAUGCUCGUUUGAGAGCGAGACCUUAUCAAUUUCUGCUGCAUUCAGCACAGGACGAGACAAAGGUGAUGCUGCUCUUGCAGAGAAGAAUCUCAGUAUGAUCGAGGUGUCGCUCUCCUCCGUGGGAGGACCAGAGGGAGGUGCUGAUGAACCAACAGAUGAGGCUCAGGACUUUUCUUCUGACUCAAUGAGUGAGCAACUAGAAUCUGCGGCAGAGCGUGGCGUUGUAAUCACUUCCGACGCCACAGAGCAGUUGGACUCAGCCACAGAAGGCGGGAACCUUUCGGACCAACAAACGGAAUCCAGUGAAGGCCAGGCGAAGUUAGACGUUGCGGAACCGCUUGGAGAAAGCAAUGAACUUGGAGCCAGAGGAGGGAUAGGAUUCUUCUUCAAGGAGGAUGUCGACAACGAAGAGGAGAUGGCCCAGCGGAAAGCUUUGCUAUUGGAGAGGCAACAGAAGAGAGCUGAGGAGCUAAAGAGGAAACGACAAGAGCAGGAUCGCGAAAAAAGAUCUGAAUCUUCCGAGAAGACUUCCUCUCCCUCUAACUCACCUCAAGUUGGAAACACCUCUUCCUCUCCAACUCCUCCGACCACUCCAGCACGACGUGGAGAUUUCACAAGAGUGGAAUACGCCCGUCGGCAGCAGCUCCGGCUCAUGGACGACCUUGACAAGGUGCUGCAGCGGAAAUCUACCAACCAGGGGCGAUCGCCUGUGAGGAAGACACGGGCACGGCCUCGCAGCGUCACCAGGGAGGAAACCAAACUCUCUUUGAGCCCUGCCAAAAAAUCCACAGCCCCUAAAAUGACCAAGUCUCAUUCUUCACUCAACCUGACAGCCACAGAUGUGCCUGAAACCAGUGAUGCAGACAAGAAAGUCCAAAGCCGACCUGAUUCACCCGCCGGAUGCUUGACGCCAAGCCGACUUGCAAAGCAGAACGGAGACUGGGAAACUGGUUCGAAUGGAACCUCGCCUGCACCAGAAUACACAGGUCCAAAACUCUUCAAAGAACCAAGUUUCAAGUCGAAUAAGUUCAUCAUCCACAAUGCACUGUCUCGUUGCUGCUUGGCUGGGAAGGUUAACGAAUCCCAGAAAAACAAGAUCGUUGAGGAGAUGGAGAAGAGCCCCGCCAACCACUUCCUCAUCCUCUUCCGGGACGCCAGCUGCCAGUUCCGUGGGGUCUACACGGCCAACCCCGAAUCCACAGAGCUGGUGCGCUUGACCGGCGUCGGCCCUAAGACCAUAAACUCGUCCCAGGUGGAAUCCAUGUACAAGUACAGCUCGGACCGGAAGCAGUUCAGCACCAUCCCUUCUAAGACCCUUGGCAUGAGUGUAGAUGCGUUCACCAUCCCUGGACAUCUAUGGCACGGUGGGGCAGCGGCAGCUGCAGGAGGUGGGGGCAGCAGAAGGGCGAGCGUCACCAAGAAAGCGCUCGUUUCCAAGUGACGGGACACCUCAUGAACAAAUUUCCGGUUUGGCCCUUUCCAGUGCAAAUAGUUUCUCUCAUAGUCAGAGUAAGAAACGUAUUGAUUUAAAAGGCUAUCCAACACAAGAUUAUAGCUAGUAAACCCUGACAUCUACUAGGACUAUGAAGUUGAUUUUAUAUAGAGUUUUUCUAGCUAUGCAAGGUUGCAAAGAAACUCUUUAAAGUUGAAUACAGUUGGAUACAAGUGACCCGAUUCACGAGAUUUUUUUCCCCGUUUUUUUACAUACUUUCAGAUGUUUUUUUUUUUUCUUUGACUAGCAUGUGAAAACUUGACAUUCGAGCACUCUAUUGUGCAGGAAACCUCAACUCCACUCACUGUACCACAAACAGCAGUUCGCAAAAUACUAGUGUUGAUACGCGCGACAUCAGAGGUUCUCAAAGUGUGGCACGAGUACUGCCAGUGUUUCGCGGCCUCCCAUUAGUGGCAGUGUUGUUUUUGUCAACGGUGACCAUAACGAAAAUAUUUCGUCAACGAACACAUUUCAUGACGAUGACGAGACGAUAACGAGCUUCAAACGUGUUUUGGGUGACUAAAACAUAACGAUACAAAUGUCAGUUUUCGUCUGAUGAGAGGAAAAUGAGCAAUAGUUUUCGUCACAAGUUAAUGUGUGACAUUUUAUGUGUAGUUAGCCUAAAUCGUAGCAAUGUCUGGUUGUGUCAUGACAUACCCGUGUCAUCGCCAGUCACUCCAGCUUGCACACACGGUAAGAUUUUUUUUCCUAUCUUGGCCAGAGAGAAUAUUCAAUGUUGCUUUAGCCUUCAAAGGUCUGUGCUGAGUGAUCAUCCCAAACUAAAUGUAACUCGUAGCCUUAGCAUUAGGCUAACGCCAAGUGAGCGUCCUCUUAAACUCAUGGACAACUUUUUUUUUUUUUUUUUUACAUACAAUUCGUGGCAUCCAGAUGGAUAUAAUUCAUUACCUGGGUCUUUCCCAAAGGGAAAGCCAAGGUAAUGUUGUUCUGCAACUUUAUUGUACUUAUUUUUAUUUAUUAUUAUUAUUCAAUAAUUGUCAACGUUUUUUUUCGGCACACCGCGCAGCCCAAACCGUAGCCCCGAUUGGCACCGUUCAAGUAUCGGCACGACCGGAAUUUUCAUGUGACGAUGGGAAUUUUUCAAACGGCCCCGAAAAUUUUUCCGUUCGACCGUAAACGGCAACUUUCCGAAACUAUCCUACAAUUUUUGAGCAAAUCAAAUAAUUUAGGCUUCCAAAAUUCCGGGACGGUGAGGGGCAUAAAAGUGGUAUAUAGAAUUUGGCAAAAAUUUACAGUUCCCCGGAAAUUUGCCAAAAAUAUUCCUAUUCAUUUUUAAUGGAAAAAAAAAAAAAAAACGGCGCGCUGCACAGCCCGAACCGUUUGACUGAUCGGCACCGUUCAAGUAUCGGCAUGACCGGAAUUUUUGCGUGAAGCAGGAAAUUUUUCAAAUGGCCCCGAAAAAUUUUCUGUUCGCCCGUAAAUGGCAAUUUUCCAUUAAAAAAAAAAAAAGUUUCAAAAUGUAUCUAGUUAAAAUGUACUGUUUUCCUGCAAGUUGAUGUUGUCCUUGUACAUGCUACAAUAUGUGCUCACAUCUCAAUGUUUAUUCGGAAUAAUUGGAAACCUUUAUUUAUUUAUUUUUGAGUACAUUUAAAAAAAAAUCAAAAACAUUUUUAGAAACUGUAGACUUAAACUACUCAAAAUUAGUCUUGAGUUUUCGUCAACAAAAUUAAACGAAGACAUAUUUUCAGAUGACUAAAAUAUGACUAAGACUAAUAAGUAAUAUUGUCCAAAAGACUAAGACUAAGACGAAAAUUAAAAGGGCUGCCAAAAACAACAUUGAUCUGUGGUAGACAAAAGAUUGAAUUAAAUGUUCGAAUGACCUUCUUGUUUUUUGAUUCAGUCCAAAUAAAUCGGUUUGGUAGGUAAUGAGUUAAUUUUGUGCCACUUCAUAUACAUUUUGGGCAUUACGGGGUCAUGUCCUGAACAUUUUAGGAUCAUUUCAUGUCAUUUUAGGGCAUUUCCGGGUCACUUCCUCUUUAUUUUGGGGCAUUUCUGGUUCACUUUGAUAAUUUUGCGUAAAUUUCUAAUGGUUUUAGGGCUUUCCCGGAUCACUUCCUGUAUGUUUUGGGUCACUUCCUGUUAAUUUUGAGGAAUUUCGUGCAAAUGUUUUUUUCUCAAAAAAUAAUGACCGCCAAUGGAAAACACUGAACAUUAAGAUUUACAGUGUAUCACAAAAGUGAGUACACCCCUCGCAUUUCUGCAGUUAUUUAAGUAUAUCUUUUCAUGGGACAACACUGACAAAAUGACACUUUGACACCAUAAACAGUAGUCUGUGUGCAGCUUAUAUUAUAGAGUUAAUUUAUUAUCCCCUCAAAAGAACUCAAAAUAUAGCCAUUAAUAUCUAAACCCCGGCAACAAAAGUGAGUACACCCCUUCGCAUUUCUACAGAUAUUUAAGUACCCCGCCCGUCUCAUCAGACCAUAGGACAUGCUUCCAGUAAUCCAUGUGCUUUGUUGACAUGUCUUCAGCAAACUGUUUGCGGGCUUUCUUGUGUACCGUCUUCAGAAGAGGCCUCCUCCUGGGGUGAAAGCCACGCACACCAAUUUGAUGGAGAGUGCGACGUAUGGUCUGAGCACUAACAGGCUGACCCCCCACCUCUUCAGUCCUUGCAGCAAUGCUGACAGCACUCCUGUAAUGAGUCACAUGACAUUUUGGAGGGAAAAUGACAAGCAGUACUCAAUUUGGACAUUUAGGCAUGUACAGUUCGUAGUUUCUAAGGGGUGUACUCAGUUUUGUUGCCAGGGAUUAAUGGCUAUAUUUUGAGUUAUUUUGAAGGGAAAAUAAAUUAACUCUAUUAUAUAAGCUGCACACAGACUACUUUUUUAUUGUGUAAAAGUGUCAUUUUGUCAGUGUUGUCCCAUGAAAAAAUAUGGCGGAAAACACUCAGGUGUCAUGAAGUUCUGCUCUGAGACCCCCAAUUUAGCCAACUUUCAAAACUGUGCAUGUGUGAUACAUCAUUGGAAAGCUUAAAAUCUCAAUUUUCUAGGGGAAAAUUUUUUGAACAGGAGGGCAUUUAAAAAAAAAAAAAAAAAACAUUUUAAACACCAAAACCCUAACUGGAGGUGAGAUCACGCAAGAGCAGAAUUACAGACGCCAUGACUUUAACGAGAUAUUAUCGCUUACUUACCUUGUUUUGAUCCAAAAACUCUAUGUAGCAUGUAUCACUGAGUGUGAAGACACAGCUGUGAAUGGCCACAGCUGGAUUUUUGGGGGGGAUUUCAUGGGUGAAACAUGGUAAUAUAACAAGGGUCGCGAUGCAGAAAUCACAGACAUUAAGGAGUGGUCGAAAUGUUCUUUUUCAUAUAUUUACCCUUUUAAACGUUUUUUUUUUUCCAAUUAUUUUUUUGUUUGGAUCGAUUAUUUAUCAUCGAACAUUUUGUAGAAACUGCAACAGUAACAAAAAAAUUACAAUUAACCGAUAGUUAUGAGGUAGAUAUCCGUGACUUUUACAGACGCAAUUUUUUCCAUUGUGACAUAAUUUGUUUAAAAGUUUAAAAUAUGUGAGUGAAUAAUUUUUUCUAAGUUGUUUUUUUUUCCAAACGAAAUAUGAGACAUCAAUUAAUGAUUUUAAGCUAAAAAAAAAAAAAAGAGACAUUUUGAAAAAUAAAUAUAAUUACCUUCGUUUUAUGGCUGGGUUGAAACAAAAGCGGUUGCGCAGCGUCUGUAAACGAGGGUUUUCAGGGUAAAACGGACAAAUUAAAAAUAGUUUGGGGGCUUCAUGCUCCAUGAAUCUGCUAUGGCAGCAUAUAGACAUAUUGUUCUAAUAAACACAACAGUUGUUUUGGCUUAAAAUACAGCAGUUUCUUUGAAAGAUGAGUACAAGAGCAGAAACUGCUUUUUCAGUCUUGUCUGUGUUUUCCGCCAUAUACUUAAAUAUCUGCAGAAAUGCGAGGGGUGUACUCACUUUUGUGAUACACUGUAAGUUUCAGUUUAUCAAAAAUGGUAUUAAAUAUCGAGUAUCGUGACAACAGUACAGGGAGUUCUUAAAAACUCGCUUUGUUCUUGUUGUUAUUCAUAGUGAGGAUAUGAACUAAAAUGGCUACCUAUUUGUUAUUUGAGGACUGAUCAGAAUGAAAUUUGGUAGGUAUAUUCUAGGGAUGUUUAUGUAUUGAUCUUUGGAGCCAAGUUUUUUUUUUUUUUUUCUCCUCAGGGUUUAUAAAUUGAUUACGGAUUGAUUAAUUGAGGCCGUUAUGUUGUUAUCCAUAAGAUAUCAGUAUUUUGUUGUACCUUGUUUGGGUACCGGGCUGUAGUAGUUCAUUAUUUGAACUUGUAACCCUGUAGUUCAAUUGUAUUCAAUUUAAACUACAAAAGAUUCACAUUUAAUAUUUUGGAACUGUGACUUUUCAAAUGCAGUAUUUAGGAACAUAUUCUAUGUGUAAUACCAUUUCAUUUAAUCUUUGAGUAUAUUACAUUUUUCCCCCCAAAUCUAAUCAACUAAUUAACUCAUUGCCUAUCAUUAACAAGCGUGGGAGUCCAAGUCAUGUAAACUGGAAGGACUGGCUGUGAAUGCUCCUCUUUCAGUGCCACUGACGGCGCUAGACAUCCAAUACAUUUUGGUAUUUGGAGUGCCAAGUAUUCUAAUGUGUGAAAACUGCUGCUUUAGACCGUUUCAACAGCAAAUCUAGGAAAGAAUUUGAAUGUAUAAAGUUGUAAACCUUAACUCGUAUCUUAAAGCACCACUGUUCUAAAUGAAUUUCUCUUCCAAACCCUUGAAGUUGUUGUCAAAGUCCAUUUUUAUGAACAUGCCGCAUUCACGGGAUGUCAUUUUUAUACAUGACCUGUUUUGGUUCUGAAUGUGGAGAUUUGAUGAUGUUCGGCAGGAACAAAAAAGCAGAACAUAUUUUCAUGCUCAUCUUUAAAUAUAGCGACGACAAAAUUAAAGGCAUUAAAGUUGAAAAAUAUGGAAGUACUUGCCAUAUAUGAUCAUAUUUUGGACCUAGAAUACAUCUGCAAAGGCGUGAAUGGUUGCCAGUGAGUGGCUGAUCAUUGUACUGUACUAUUACACCUCACAAAAAAAAUGACUCAGAACGUAGUUUCUGAUUGACUCCUUGCAAAAUGAAGCUGAUUUUGUACUUUUGAGUGGAAGGAUGUUGACUCAAGUGGUGCUUUACCAAAAGGACGUGAUGUCUGAAAUGACCGAUUAAACUCUUCUUCAACCAAGGAAUAUAUUUUAAGCACUUUUUUUAUUGUUAUAUUUCAAAAUGUGUGAAUUCCUCAACCAUGAACGCAGCACAACUCAUAUCAAAUCAAUGUUUUCAUCAACAUUUAUUGCACUUUCCUCAUUACUUAGUGACACAAAGAGCCGGAGUGUUGUUCUAUUGUUAUAAUGUGACGUCCACUAUUUGACAAGAGCCCAAGUACAUUUAUUUCAAUUAUACUGAUGCAUUUGAACAAAAUAAACAACAAAAAUGUUUUACAGGCACUUCUAAGUACAGAUUUUAGCUGACUGCUUACUGUUGUGGGUAUGAUUACCACAUUUGUGAAUACUAUUGACCACUCUGAAAUACAGUAGGGGAGAACAGGGUUGGUUGUCACAUGUGUUGGUUGACAUAUGUGCUAUAACUCGACCACCAGAUGUUGCGGAGUAUCAGUAUUGACAUGAUCAGAGUUGCGCUAAUAAUAAAUCUACAUCGUUGGUUGGGACGAUAUUGCAUAAACUGGAUGUACAUUUUUUGCUGGGAACGAGACAUUUAUAAUGAUCAAUGCAAAAUAAAUCUGUAUUGACUAAUACUAGCUUUUAUGUGUAUGUGUUCAGACCUAUUUAAUUCAAACCUUUGUUUUCAAAAACUACUAAAGAAAAAUUUUGAAAACUUCCAGAAAAAAUAUCCAGAUUUUAUGAGCAAAUUUUAAAAAUGCAUUAUUUGAACAUCACUUAAGUUAUAUAACAUACACAAUAAAUCCAAGCUUGUUAAUCAUCUCGUAAUGAUCCAGGAAUUACACAGUUUAAUGUUAUGCUAACUCUGAUGCAAGUCGGACUUUCAGUAACAAAAUUAGUGGCGUGUUCCCCACUUCCACGACAUUGACAUUGUUUUACAUUUCUUACAAGUGGCUGCUGCUGGCUGCAAAAAUAAAUUCUAAUAUCCCUAAUAUCUAACGAGUGUGUGUGUCUGUGUGUGUGUUGGGGGGGGGGGGGGGGGGGGACUGAAGUCAUUAACCAA